UUGAACAAUUACUUUGAAAUUUCACUUAAAAAUAACUUAAAAUAUCAAAAUCAAAACCUAGAAACAAACUCUAUAUUCAACCAGCCAUAUGUUUCAGUGUUACGUCUAUUUAAUAACUCUGUAUUGCGAAACAAAAGAAAUCAAAGAAUUACACCAUUGACUUUAUCACCAUAUCAACCCAGAUUUUCUCUCAUUCCAACUGCAAGCAGUAACCAAAAAAAAAAGAGAGAAGUUCCCAUUCUUUCUCCAAAGAUCAUAGAGAUAAGGGAGAGGAUUCAGUUUUCCAAAAGCUGUUGAAGGUACCUAAAAUGGUGGAGAAAGAGAGAUUCUAGGACUGCAAAACUGAUUAUAUAAAGGGCAGAACCAACCUAAGAAAGAACUGAAUUCAGUUCUUGUGUCUCUUCCUUCACCAAGAAGAUGAUGACGGUGACAGUGGUCCCAAUGCUGGUGCUCUUACUUUGUUGCUGUGCAGCUUUGGCGUCUGCUGAUGGAGACUAUGUCAAGUACAAAGACCCGGGGCAGCCGCUUAACAUUCGGAUCAAGGACCUGAUGGACAGGAUGACUCUAGCAGAGAAGAUUGGGCAGAUGACACAGUUGGAUCGCACGGUCGUCACACCGGAGAUCAUGAGAGAUUACUCACUCGGCAGUGUGCUUAGCGGCGGAGGUAGUGUCCCAUCUCCACAGGCUACUGCACAGGAGUGGAUUGACAUGGUGAAUUCAUUCCAACAGGGUUCACUCUCGAGCAGGCUUGGCAUUCCAAUGAUAUAUGGAAUUGAUGCUGUCCACGGCCAUAACAAUGUCUACAAUGCCACAAUCUUCCCCCACAAUGUUGGUCUUGGCGCAACCAGGGAUCCUGAACUUAUAAGGAGGAUUGGAGUUGCUACUGCUAAAGAAGUUAGAGCAACUGGGAUUGAUUAUGUCUUUGCUCCAUGUAUAGCAGUCUGUAGAGAUCCAAGAUGGGGAAGGUGUUAUGAAAGCUACAGUGAAGACCCUGAUAUUGUCAAAGAGAUGACAGAGAUCAUUGUUGGGCUGCAAGGAGAAAUCACAUCUGGUUUUUCAAAGGGUGUUCCUUAUGUUGGUGGAAGAGACAAGGUUGCAGCUUGUGCAAAGCAUUUCGUCGGGGACGGUGGCACGACGAGGGGCAUCAAUGAGAACAACACUGUGAUUGAUAGGCACGGGUUGUUGAGCAUUCACAUGCCGGGAUACUAUUACUCCAUAAUCAAAGGUGUCUCUACAAUAAUGGUUUCCUACUCGAGUUGGAAUGGCGUGAAGAUGCAUUCAAACCAUGAUCUCAUCACCAAUUUCCUUAAGAACACUCUCAACUUCAGGGGUUUUGUCAUCUCCGAUUGGGCCGGUAUCGACCGGAUCACCUACCCAGCUCAUUCAAAUUACACAUUCUCAAUUCUCACAGGAGUUCAAGCAGGAAUAGACAUGGUAAUGAUUCCUACAAACCACACUGAGUUCAUUGAUGGCCUGACUAACCUUGUCAACAGCAAUGCCAUUCCGAUGUCCCGAAUCGAUGACGCAGUUAGACGGAUUUUGAGAGUCAAAUUCGUAAUGGGCCUGUUUGAGAAUCCAAUGGCUGACGACAGAUUUGUGAAUGAACUUGGAAGCCAGGAACACAGAGAUCUGGCCAGAGAAGCCGUGAGGAAAUCGCUUGUUCUGUUGAAGAACGGAGAAAACGCCGAUGACCCGAUCCUUCCUCUGUCGAAGACGGCGCCGAAGAUUCUAGUCGCCGGAACUCACGCCGACAAUCUAGGUUACCAGUGCGGCGGCUGGACCAUCACCUGGCAAGGGCUCAGCGGCAACAACCACACCACCGGAACCACCAUUCUCGAUGCGGUGAAGAAAACCGUAGAUCCAAACACGGAGGUUGUCUACAACGUAAGUCCAACGACCGACUACGUCAAGGCGAACAACUUCUCGUACGCCAUUGUCGUCGUCGGAGAGCCGCCGUACGCCGAAACCGACGGCGACAACCUGAACUUGACGAUCGCCGAAGGAGGCUCCGACACGAUCCAGAACGUGUGCACCAGCGUGAAGUGCGUCGUCGUCAUCGUCUCCGGCCGGCCGCUGACGAUUCACCCGUACGUGUCGCAGCUGGACGCACUGGUGGCGGCGUGGCUGCCGGGGACAGAGGGCGAGGGCGUCACCGACGUUCUGUUCGGCGACUACGGGUUCACCGGAAAGCUGCCGAGGACCUGGUUCAAGACCGUCGAUCAACUUCCGAUGAACUAUGGGGAUGAGAAUUACAACCCACUUUUCCCUCUGGGUUUUGGGCUUACAACCGAUCCCAUAAAACCCUAGCUCGGGUUUUUGUUUAUAAAGAAUUAGGGUGAUUUUGAGUUUUUUUUUUUUUACAAAAAUAAAUCAUUUGUGUUUUCUUUUGGGGU